AUGUCGUAUACCCUGCAUCAUCCGCAAUCUCACUACAAGGGUGGUGACGAAAGACACGAGCCCAUUAUUUUCAUGCACGGGCUGUUUGGGUCGAAGAUGAACAAUCGCGGAAUUAGUAAAAUGCUCGUGAAAGAAUUAAACAGAUCGGUUUUCGCUUUGGACCUAAGAAACCACGGCGAGAGUCCACAUGUCACUCCACAUACUUACACCGCCAUGGCCGAGGACGUCGAGCACUUCAUAAAGGACCAUAGACUCAAGCAUCCGACAUUAAUCGGUCAUUCAAUGGGUGCAAAAGUAGCGAUGUCCGUAGCACUCCGCUCACCAAACCUCAUCCAAGACAUCGUCGCCGUCGAUAACGCCCCCGUAAACGCCCAACUCGGCCGUCAAUUCGCUCAAUACCUCCAAGCCAUGACACGGAUCGAAAACACACCGAUAGUCAAUGCCAAAGAAGCAGAUGAAAUCCUAGCCGCCUACGAACCAUCACUCCCAAUCCGUCAGUUUUUGUUCACAAAUCUUUUGAAACCUACCAAGGAGAACGAUAAAUUCAGAUGGAGGAUCCCUAUAAAGAUCCUCGGCGGGGCUUUGGACGAAAUGGCGGCUUUUCCGUUCACACCGGGUGAAAGAUCGUUUACGAAACCGGCGCUGUUCGUGAGGGGCACGACGAGUAAGUAUGUGGCUGAUGAGACUAUUCCUUUGAUUGGAGAGUUUUUCCCGAGGUUUCAGUUGAAGGAUGUGGAGGCGGGGCAUUGGUUGAUCUCAGAGAAUCCGGAGGGGUUUAAGAAUGUUUGUCUUGAGUUUUUUAGGAGAGAGAAGGAGGAUUAG